CCAAGCCCCGCCGUAAGUUAAUAAGUCUGCGAACUUAAUCUGUACAAUAUUUAAGGAAUUUGAGUGAUUCAGAUAUGAAAGUUUAACAUAGAACGCGGUAGAAGAAAUGAUAAUAAGAUGGCAGAGUUCUUGCCACUGUGCGAUGUGCUGUUUAACGUGAUAUCCCUCGCCGGGUACUUCUGCGAUGUUGUAUUUGACCUCGUGAUGGGCUACGCGCUUCUAGAACGAGGCUAUAAAUGUACCUUCGCAGCCACUAUAUCUAUUGUCAUCACAUCGCUACUCAUAUCACAGGUAUUAUCACUACGCUGGUACUUGCAUGUAUGGUGGGCCAGUGAAGGUCGCAAGGACCGUCCGCCGUGGCUGCCCAUACUCCUCCAUUGUUUACAAAUGGGGGUGUUAUGGCGAUACGCACGUUUGCUGGUGCCUGUGGAGUUACGGAGAGUAAAACAUCAAGUUCGAGAUCUCUGUAUGCUUCGUCUAGUACACGCGUUCUGCGAAGCCGCGCCCAUGUUACUGCUUCAGUUGCACAUCUUGCUGAAAGACGCCGACUUGGAGACCGUUAGCGAUCUGGCAAUCACUCCGGAUCUCACCGUGGAUGAGCCUUCAGCAAACAAGGCUUUCGCGGAGCUGAACGUGAUAUCUGCGUCUCUCUCGCUGUUCUCCGUGUGCUGGGCCCUCGCCAGCUUCAGCAAGAACGUGCGGUUGCAGAAUGUACACCGCCUUGUGCUGACUUGGCUAGGAGUUAUAUUUCAAUUUUUGUGGCGGCUCGGGACUGUUUCCGCCCGGAUAUGCGCGCUCAGUGUGUACGCUCUAGUCUACGAAUAUUGGGUGUUUUUAGUUAUAGGUCUUCACUGGAUAUCGAUGUUUCUGUGGCUGAUUUCUCCAAAGAACGUGUUCCACGGCGAGCGAAUAAGUCGCCCGCGGAAAGCUUACCUCUCCGCGCUCAUAGCUUUUGUCUAUGUUUUCGCGUACAUCAACUUACAGGAACACAAUCAUAGACAAAAAAUGGUGGUGUUCUACUGUGUGAUGUGCGUGGAGAACUGUGUGCUGGUGACGGCGUGGUGGUGGUCGUGGCGAGGGGCCCUGAGGCCCUCCGCGCUGGCGGCCUCAGCGGCCUCCGCCACGCUCGCGGGCCUCGCGUUCAUGUUGCUGUACUACAGAUACUUCCACGUGCGCCGACUUGGUUACAUGCUGGGCGAGCACCAGCAGGGCACCAAUAGUACAAACGCUUCUUCGCAGAACAAAAAUGGUAAAGCCAGUCAGGCUGAUAAUGUGGCCAUACCCGGUGUUUUCAACUGUAGAUUUUCCAACCCAGUCAACAAUAGCGCAGCGAACGGUCGUAAGAAAAAGAAGCCCACCUCUUUCGUGCCGCCGCCCGCAGCACCGCCGGCCGCGUUCUGGAGGCGACCACUGCCCGCCGCGCACAAUCAUCACGGGGGCUCGUCAGAAAACGAAGGAUCGAGCGUAGGGUCCCGAGUAAACAUCCAGCAAAAAUUACAAGAGAAGAAGCAAAAACAACUCGCAGAACUCAGAGUCAUUGAGGAGGAAAUCAAACAAGGGAAGCUAGCGAAAACCACUCCAGUAGCCGCGGAAGAAAUAUACAGCAGCCUGCAAAGACAACCCAUUCCAAGGGCGAAAACGCACGCGGAACCGCCUGCUUGGCCUAGUAUAGAAAUGACACAUUCCUACCAAAACUACCCCGUACUACCCCACACGUGCAAUCUAUACCCUACUUACACAGAAAUAAAACCAGAAUACAACGUACCAAACUUCCCAACCAACGACACAAAUAAUGAUUUAAAAAUGCGCGUCCAAGACAUAUACGAUCAAGACUCUAGAACAUUCUACGAGAACCCAGCGAACCUACGCAGCGAAGUCCCCAGAACACCGUUGAGAUCACCAAAUUAUUUAGUCCCCGAAAAUAGGAAAUACGAAUCUAACGUGCAGUGUCGAAGUCCGAGAAAUGUACUCAACAGCAGCCCAAGAAAUUAUCUGCCCGAUGUCAGCACGAACAGUUACGAAGCGACGCAAAACAACGCAAGAUCGGUGCAAAAUAACUCUAGUAUCUACUCCGAAGACCAUAGACAAAGUAUAGGCGAGUUUUCUGGAUACUGUGAGGAUAGUAACCAAAAUGCGUACGGAAAAUAUGGUGACGCUAAAGAAGAGUACGUGUCUGCUCUACACAAUGUUUUAGCUAAUGUACAAAACAUAGAUAAUAUGAGGGGUAUUUAUAAUGAAGUUGGGUGCACUCAGUAUGGUCAGAACUGUGAUAGGUUCCCCUACCAAAUGGGGGGGAAGAAAAUGGAGCAAAUGAGAAAGAUGCAGAGGUGUCGAACUCCGGAAAUAUUGUUAGCGCCCCAUUAUUUGGAGGGGUGCAACAGACAAGUUUGUUGCAAUUGGGGUGCGCCGUAUACGAAUAGGAAAAAAGAAGAAAGCGCAGGAGUGUCUGGCGGGGUGAGCAGCGCUGGAGGGGCUGGGGGUGGGGGGGGAGCGGCGGGCAGCAGUGGGUCGGAAUCCGGGGAUGCCCCUGCCAGAGACACACCUCGUCCGCCCAGUGACAUCGAUAGUCAGAUAUCGCUGCCGCGUUCUUACACCCUGCCCCGUGAGUUUCGCUAUUGGAGGAGACGUCCGCGAUUGCGUGACGCGCACCUCCCCAGCAACAACAGCAGUGAUGGUGACGUCGAUAGCGGGGACAACGAUAGCGACCGCCGCUCCAACUGCUCAGCCUCCUCACAAAUACAGCCGCCGACUUACGGCGACACGUUCCAGUACAGCCGGCCGGACAUGGUGCCGCGGCAGGACGACCGCUACGACGUGUACGGCGCGUGCCCUGACCGGCGGCGGCGCGGCUUCCGAAAACAGGGGCCUAAGCCGGAGACUAAACUAUAACAUCUAUUUUAGGCCAUAUUAUAUUAACUUUGAGACUACCUUUAAUAUUUAUUUAGGAAUCAAAACUGCAAUACGCGCCUUUAAAUAUUAUAUUCUUAGAAAUCUAAAUAACAAAACACUAAAAAAGCUCUUUCGCACUUUAAAUACAAAAAAAGUCUAAAAGAAAUAAUGCUAUCCUUUACCUUUAGUAUAACAUUAGGUAUAACUAGUCUCGUUCGAGUCGUCGAAAGGUUACGCGCACACAUUUCUAGUGUUACGUUUUUAAGAUAUCUAGGAUGAUGUUUACUCUUUGGUCGGCACAAUUAUAGUACCUUGGUUCGACUUUAUAUGAUUUGGAUUCAGUUGGGAAAGUUGGUUCAUUACUGGGAAAAAACCCACUAGUUCAACAGUUGAACUCUACCAAAGUGAGCAGAUACGGCAAGAGUAGUUGGUUUGGCUCAAUUUUUUUUUAAUGGUAAUUCAAUUCUAGAUCCACUACCAAUUUUCCUUAGCUUUACUUGAUAAGGCUAUCAAGUAAAUCUACGAUUUGGAUAAACGAAAAUCAAUUUUAAAGGUACGAUAACUGAUAAAAGGUGCCUUCGCCAUUUCUUCGUAAAGUUUUAAAAGGUUUUUUUUAAUGAUGAAAUAACCUAAGAGUUGAAGAAUUUAUUUAACUAACCAUUAGUAAAGUUGCAUUUUAUAAAUGGUUAGGAAAAAAAUUAGGUUAUAAGAUUGUAAACUUUGUACUAUUGUAUAUUUGUAUAUUUAUGUACCUAAACAGUUGUAUAGCAGGGACUUAAGAGUACGUGAAAAUAAAAACAAUA